ACAUGUCGAUAAAAGUCCGUCUCCACAGAUGGUUGACGUUCCGAUUAGCCCACAAUGUUGCGUUGUAUUGACAGAUUCGAAAAAUACAGGUAAAUUUGCAAUUUAAUCUAUAUACCUGAUAAUAUUUAUAAACGAAGUUUUUUAAAAUAAAGAUCGUUGAUGUCUUGUUUGGUACUUUUAUAUUGAUAAUAAAAAUAAUAAAAACUAAUGAGAGAGAGAUACAUGAUUACAUCCGCUUUAAAACUUAAUGAGUUCUCAUUACUGUUCUCAUAUGCUACAUUAUCGUAAAUAUUAUUUUAUUACGUAUCCAUAAUAUUCCGAAAUAUUAAUGUUGAUCACAAUUUUAGGUAAAAUUACCGAAAAAUGUAAAUCGGACAGCCAAAGCCAUCCGAACUGUUUCAAGCGGUACAACUCUACUCUUCUGAUCGGAACAAUUACCAUCCUAUUGUUUCUCAGCCUGCUGAGAGUUUUGUUAUAUUUUAUAAUGAUCAAGCACGAUUGUAAUUCAAAUAUAACAGUCGACAUCCAACCGGAAUCACAUGAGGAACGGGUCAUCAGGCUGAGCUAUCCUCUCGGCGAAAGAUCAUUGUCGGGGCUAGAAACGGAGGGAAUGAUCGAUGAAGACUCAUCUUUUAACGAUCAGCUGCUGCGCGCGAGUCAGAUAACGCGAUCUGCGAACGACGAUGCGUUUCCGACAAUAAAUGAGCCAGGCGUCGCGACGCGUUCCAAGCGCACGAUACCUCGCAAGAGGAGAGAAUGCAAAUUAAACGAGGAACACUGUAAGACGCUAUUAAAAUCGAUGAAGAGCUAUUUCGAGGCGCUCAGCGAAACGCGUUCCGGCAAAGGCACGUACACGUACGAAGAUAUCGUGAAAUGUAUUCAGUGCAAGAAUCUGGUGGCGGACGUCACGAACGAGAUCAGCAAGGAGACCAUGUCACGACCACACGAUCGAUACUACCCGUAUGGGUACGUCAAACAAAAUCACUCGAGCGAUUUAGACAUGCCUAUCGUGAAAUUGCUGGACGACGAGAAGCUCGAUAGCAGUACCAAGUGCACGGAUGAUCAGACGGAAACAUCAAAGAUGCAACCGAUGAAAACGGGCUUUACUAAGGAUAUAUCGCAGAGUACGGUAGAAAUAUCAUUGAGCAGCAUCAGCAGUGAAACUACUACUAUAUCAAUUACCACACCAGAUCGUGUGAGUCCCUGGGCAAGUCCGCAAGUUAACAUAAACGUCACUGGAAUUGCUAACGUUUCGAGAACCAACAUCAGCGAUACACAGUCGACCAACAAUUCAAUCGCGUCCAAGUACUCGCAGAAGGUGAAAAUUCAAAAGACUCCUUCGAUCGAGAGCGUUUUUACCAAGUCGAACGUCGAUGUAACAGCUGAAAGUAAAAGUGCCACGGACAGUGCUCAGUUGCAGUUCAUCACGACGGAGUCCAGCUCUAGCACGCAGAAUAGCAUUAUUAGGAAAGACAAUGCAAUAUCCGAGAAUACCAUGGUCGUGACAGAAUUAAGUGAAACGAAGACACGGAACCACGACGUUGCGAAUCAGAUCGCGAUUACGGAAAACGUGACGAGUGUGUCGGAAGGAUACGACGUGACUGGAAUCACCGGCGACACGGUGCAUCCUUCGACGCAUCCUUCGCUCGAGGGACACCCGGAAGUUCAGCUGGCCGCUCCGGCGAAUGGCGCAAGAUCGAUGGAUGGCUAUUAUCCUAUCAAUAAUGCCAUAUUGCUCAAUCAUCUUCAGACGACAAAGAAGAAUAAAAAUAAUCAGCAAGCAAUCGCGGAGAACACGAAAUCCUUUCAGGAGCUGCAGCUGACCCCCACGUGGACGACACAUCCCGUUUGCUUCUUCGGUUAUCCCGGUCAGCUUUCUAACAAACCAUUGCCUGCAGGAUUUACGCCUUAUAUGCCACCGUUUGUACCUUCCGCUCAAGAUCAAGGAUUUCCGUCACAAACUUCGUUCCGUCAUACCGCUCCACAACCGAAUUACAUGCAAGUACAGGCACAAACGGUGCAGUUUUUGCCAAGGAACGAUGCUAGAAAUCGGAUGCAAACGCAGCCGAUAGCACAAGGCGUUGGUCCCACGGGUCCUGCUAUGUUGAACGCACCGAUUUUUCCAAUGAAUCAACAGCCAAUUUCUACGCCUCAGCACUCGCCGGAAAUGUUCCAGCAAUCAGGCACAGACGUACCGUACUUCUGCACUAACAUGCCGAUACCGACUUACAACUUUCCACUGAUUCCUAGCACGUCGCAUUCUAGUCGCUCCUCCAAUGUCGACGAAGCUGAACCUGCCGAUUCAAGAAAUAAUUCACGAAAACACAUUACGCCGACAUUGACGCCGAAGGACAAUUCUUCCCCACAGCAUAAUUAUUAUCCUUGGAAGUAUUUUAUGCCCACCGGCUGCCCUGAGGAUUAUCGACAAUGUAACGAUCAGUUCUGCAUCCCACAAUUAAAAUGGUGCGACGGUCAUGUCGAUUGCGCCGAUGCCAGUGAUGAAACACAAUGCUCAUGCAAUGAUCGAAUAUGGCAAAAUCGACUUUGCGAUGGCUAUCCUGAUUGUCCCGAUGGAGAGGAUGAGCUCAACUGUUUUGAUUGUCCGGCAGAUUUCUUUAAUUGUGACGACUGGAGAAGACCCGAUAAUUGCGUGCCGCUAAAGCAACGUUGUGACGGGAUUGAACAAUGUUUGAACGGAAAGGACGAGCAUGAUUGCAAUAUACUCUCGUCCAUCAAAAUAUCCGAAAAUGAUAUUUUCGCAGUUGGUUAUGCAGAAGGAUUCCUACAUAAAAAUAUAGAAGGACGAUGGUACCCAGUUUGCUCGAACACAUCUUACUGGGCGGUCGAUGCUUGCAUGUCGGAAAUCGGCCAACCGUUAACGAUGCCGCCGCAAAUGAGUUUUGUUCAGGUGCCCACGGAUGUAUUCCAAGAUUCCUACGUAGCGGAAUUUAACGGUCAGAUAAAGAUAGUGUCAUGUUCAGGAAUGGCGGUGUUUGUUAAGUGUCCGCAGUUAUCUUGCGGUACUAGAAGUCAAGAUAUCUCCAUCGCUUCCAACGAGAAUGGAAACCCUUAUACAUAUAGGAAACGCUCGGGAAGACAAAACACGCAGUUCCAUAAAGUCUAUCAGGAAACGUUGGACCUAUUGAAACAGAGUCGCGCGAUGUCCGACGAGGAUCAAGACAACGACGAUGCUUUGAUCGGAUCACCGCGAGUAGUCGGCGGCCGCAUGAGUCAGCCCAAAUCUUGGCCCUUCCUGGUCGCGAUCUACAAGGAUGGGUUGUUCCAUUGCGGUGGUGUGAUUCUUAAUGAGUUAUACAUACUCACUGCGGGUCACUGCAUGACUGAAUACGAGAAACAUUAUUACGAAGUAGAAGCUGGCGUGCUCAGGCGAUACUCAUUUUCACCGAUGGUUCAGUUGAGGAAGGCGAUGUUUGUGAUUGUUCAUCCUAAUUACGAUAUCACGUUAUUCCAUAACGAUGUCGCACUGAUCGUGUUGGAUAAACCUCUCUUAUUUAAUCGAUGGGUCCGUCCAAUUUGCUUGCCGACAGUUAACACGGCGGGUCCUGAAUGGGAACAAGGUCCAACACCGCAGUCCAUAUGCGUUGCUGUCGGAUGGGGAGCCGUAAGAGAAUUCGGACCAGAUCCGGAUCAUUUGCAAGAAGUGGCAGUACCGAUCUUAUCGUCGUGCAAGCAUUUGGCCGAUCAGAUUAACAGUACGAUUUGCGCGGGAUACGUUGAAGGUGGCCACGAUGCUUGUCAGGGUGAUAGCGGCGGUCCUCUAUUGUGCAGAAAUCCGCAAUUGGAAUCGCAGUGGUACGUGGCAGGUAUAAUCAGCCAUGGAGACGGAUGCGGACGUCCAAACGAACCCGGAGUUUACACAAAAGUGAGCUACUUUGUGAAUUGGAUCCAGGAAGUAUUUGAAUUAAGAAAAUCGGCAUCUUUGUACUCCUACGCGCAUCUGCAAUCUUUGAACAAAUGUACAGGAUUCAGUUGUCUGUCAGGUUCACAAAGAUGCUUAUCGAUAACUAAACAUUGCGACGGAAUCGUCGACUGCAUGCACGGGGAAGACGAAAUUAAUUGCCUACAAAUAAGUGGAUACUAUAGAUCGAAUACCAAUAACGAGACUGCAGUAUUAAACUUUAAAACAAAAGUGACGGACGAAACACCUAACAAUUAUAUGAAAAAUCAUUUGAGGAAUUUUAAAGAAACGUCCACUAUGACUACGUUGUACGAUAUGAUAGAAAUGCUGGACGACGACGAGAACUCAAGUAUCACGACCAGCGACGUGACGUUUAAAUCGACAACCGACAGCAUUAGAUUAACGUUCACGUGCAAGAGGCGAGUUGUUAGAAAUGUCGCAAUUCGCUGUACUGUCUGCGUUAUCAGCGAUGAGCUGAAUCUUGAUGAGGAAGUCAAUGCUGGUCUCAUUUACAGGUUAAUUCAGACUAUAACGAUUGAUAAGAGAUGUGACCGGCACUUGGACUGCGAGGAUGGUAGCGACGAAGAGGACUGUACGUGCAGAGACUACCUAUUAAACACGCUACCAUCAGCGAUCUGUGACGGAUAUUUGGACUGCAAGGACGAAACUGAUGAGAAGGAUUGCGGUACGUGCAAAGGUAAAUUCCACUGCAAGAGCAGCAGAAAAUGCAUCCCGAUGGCGAAGAGAUGCGACGCUAACUACGAUUGCUUUCUAAAGGAGGACGAGACCGAUUGCCUUGCAUUGACUGACGGAGAAUAUGUGGAUCUAGACAGCGAUAAUCGGACAUUUUUACGCCAGGAAGGUUUCCUCAGUAGACGUUACGGCGAAGGUUGGCGUAUACAGUGUCUUCAACCGGAGAUAUUGGAGAACGAUACCAUCAAGUCGACAGUCGGGGAAAACGUUUGCGUGUACCUUGGAUUCGCAAAUCUACAGUCGGUGGAGAAGGUUGUUUUGACCAAUGCAAUGCUGGAAACGAGGUCCUGGCAGUGGAGGAACAACACGAUAGGCUACAGACCAUCGCCGAGUCACGUCGCAGGGAACGAAGAAGUCGAGACGUGCGGGACGCUAUGGAUACGUUGCAGACCGGUUUUGAGCAGCAGCGCCGACACGCACCUGGUCGUCGAUCCGAGAACCGGAAGUUACAACUACCUGUGGCCGUGGAUGGCCGCCAUCUUCGUCGACGGUCGUUACCACUGCUCGGCCGUGCUCCUGGAACCAGACUGGCUUCUGUCAAGCGCGAGUUGCACGGAUGACAUAAAAUUAUCAGUGAAUUACACGACUGCUCUGCUUGGCCGAAGCCGCUCGUAUCUCUACGUCGAUGGACCUCAUCAACAGAUAUCAGUCAUCAAUGAGAUCAGGAAUGUGAGCAAAUCAAAUCUCUCAUUGUUCCACUUGAAGACCGCAGUGAACUUCACUCGUUACAUACAGCCGUUGUUUUUAGAAAAGAAAAUUUAUCCGCCAGCGGAAAGCAAUUUCUGCGUGGCUGUCGCUACGAACAAGCAACACGUGACGCACUCGAUCAUCCUACAACCGGUUCUUGCAAAUUGUGACAAGUGUUCUCGCUGUUUUACUGAAUCUAGACAUUUCACAUGUCCGAUCAAUGGAACUUCGUCGGAUUGGAGUGGAACAGUGUUCUGCCACAACGAGCAUGGAUGGUACCCGGCAGCUGCGUUCCAGGAGGAAGCCCUGUGCAGCUCUGGAAAACCGCGAAACUGGACGAGCAUCGAUUACAUCCAUGCUUAUCUCACGCAAGCUUUAGAGGAGAAACUGUAUCCGACACCUGAGCCAACGUGUAACGGUGUCCGAUGCAACAUCGGACAAUGCAUCCCUUGGAGUCGAGUUUGCGACGGGAUGACGGAGUGCCGAGACGGUGCGGAUGAAGCGAUCGAAACAUGUAGCAAUAAACACAAAAUGCGUAGCAAGAAAAUCGCUGAUGAAUGUACGGUAUCGCAGUUGAGAUGCGAGAGCGGCGAAUGCGUCUCGAAAAGCAGCUUUUGUGAUGGUAAAGUGGAUUGUUCAGACGGAACGGACGAACCUGUAAUGUGUACUUGUGCGGAAUAUCUAAGACUAACUGCACCAAAACGCUUGUGCGACGGUGUAUGGCAUUGUCUCGACAAAAGCGAUGAGUCACCGGAAGAAUGUAACUGCACGGAGACCAGUUUCAAAUGCAACGCGAAAGAGAACAAUUCUACCUGCUUACCGCAAGAUUUCGUGUGCGAUGGCAACAACGACUGUCCAGAUGGCGAAGACGAGAAGGAAUGCAUAAAAGUGAAGGAGUCUGCGAAUGACAACCCUGGUACUGGAGAAGUAAUGCAGCGAUCUUAUGGUGUAUGGCAUUCCCAUUGUUUCUCAGCACCGGUGACAAAAACGGAGGAAGCGAGAACUAUAUGCCAAACAAUUGGUUACACAGACGGAAGCAUUCUUCAUGAUAAUCGAACUGUGAGUGAGCCGCUUAUUCCAUUCCGCGAUGAUUUCUACAUGGUUCGAAUAAAUCGGGCUUUGUGGGUAACCAUGCGCACCGAUAAGCCGCUUAUAAAUUUGAUUCGACCAAAGGAAGUCUGUCAUCGUCUCUUUGUUAGUUGCUCUUAAAUCGCAUUGUAUUAAAGUAAUCUCAUUAAAAUAAUCUCAUUUCUGCAUUUCUGUUCACGAUACGAUAGAUAGAUUUACAAAAAUAUUUUUAUAUCGAAUACUAACGAAACGUCAUUAAAUUUUGAUUUUAUUAUUAAGGGAUUAAUUUAUUUGGUUUAUAAUGCACGAGCAAAAUAAAUUAAUCGUAUUACAAUUGAUUAUUUUUUUAAAUCGAUUGAACAGAUUCAUUGUACUUGUUCAUUUGUACGUUUGUAAAAUAUCGAAUAAAUUUAACAUAUCUAUGUAAAGUUUUCUCUGUAGAUUAUAAUAUUUCUUCGCAGAUUAUAUAAUAAUUUAAUUAUAAUCAUUUACUUAUCUCAAUUAUCAGAUAAUGAUAAAAAUUAUAAUAAAAAAUUAGGAAAAUAUCAAUGUCUUUGCAUUUUAACCCUUUUCUCUUAAAACUUAUAUUUUUAUUUAAGACUAUUUUUCCCAGAAUAGGAAAUGAUAUUCUUGAAAUGCAAAGAUAUAAUAUAUCUGUAUUAAGAAAUAAAAUAAAAUAAAAUAUUUGAG